AUGGUGCGGGAGAAGAGAAGUAGCACGUGCCUUACUGAAGACCUCCAGGAGGUCAUCGUACUCAGUGGGAACGGCAGAGACAUCCGAGGCUUUGCUUACAUCCUGUGGGGGACGUCUCAAAGACGGCUGUGUCGCCGACGGGAACAAAGAGAGCUGGAGUUCGAAAAUGAGGGAACUCAGGGAAAGCAAAGCCGGCAGACAUUUAACAACAAAUCGGUUUAUUUUAUAUUGCCACUUAUCACAUACCUUCUCAUCAUCACUGUGAAUCUGCCUCUGAUCAUAACAAUCAUUCAGGAGAAAGGUCUCCAUGAGCCCAUGUAUAUCUUUCUGUGUAGUCUAUGUGUCAAUGGAUUGUAUGGAACUGCUGGUUUCUACCCCAAGUUGUUACUGGACCUUCAGUCAGAUGUUCAGGUGAUAUCUUAUGGUGGAUGUUUCACUCAAGCCUAUGUAAUAUACACAUCUGUCAUGUGUGAACUUUCUACUCUAACAGUGAUGUCUUACGACAGGUAUGUGGCAAUAUGCAGACCACUACUAUAYCAUACCAUUGUGACAUCUUUAACUGUUAGAAAGUUACUCUUAUUUUCUUGGGGUUAUCCUUUAUUUAUAGCACUCAUAGCAGUUAGUUUAGCCGUCAGAAUUCCUUUGUGUGGAUCUCGCAUUGAUAAGAUCUUCUGUGACAUUCCAUCUAUACUGAAACAUGCAUGUUUACCCAUUACAAUCAAUCAGAAUUUGAACAAAUUUGUAAUAGUGGUUCAUGUUUUACAGAUACUUUUCAUUGUAUUUUCUUACUGUAAGAUUGUAAGGACUUGUGUAAAGUCAGCUAAGGGAAGGAUUAAGUUYACACAGACUUGUGUGCCACAUUUAAUAACAAUAUUUAUUUUCGUCACAGUGACCCUGUUUGACAAUUUACAAGGGUGGAAUAAUGUAAAUAGUACGCUAAAUAUGCGUAAUGCAAUGGCUGUACAAUUCCUUGUUAUACCACCUGUCUUAAACCCUAUUAUAUAUGGACUUAACCUCCAGCAGAUUCAAAGGGCAGUUUUUAGAAAGUKGAGAGUUCUGGAGUGGGCAAACGCCGUGUGGGGAGAAGAURACGCGGCGUUGGACCACUUCGAGGAGUUCACCCGUCGCUUCCGGGCCGUCUUCGACCAUCCGCCCGAAGGGAGAGCGGUGGGAGAACGGCUCUUCCAUUUGAGGCAGGGGACUAGGAUCGCCCAGGAAUUCCGGACCUUGGCCGCCGGAGCAGGCUGA